UAGAGGCUCCAAACAGGUCCCCAUGGUGCUGGGUGCUCCUACACACAUAGCAGCUGACUACUGAAGAUCCUGAUCGUGCAUAGAUCUCACAGUGGGCAGACCCUCUUGCCCCUGUGUGGAACUCCAUUGACAUCAAUAGAGCUCUGCAAGGGUGUACCCACAUGGACCUCAUUGCAGGACUGGGACCCAAAUGGGCAAGACAGACAAAAGAUCAGAGAUUCUCAACCAGGGCUAUGCGUACCCUAGGGGUACACAGAGAUCUUCUGGGGGAUACAUCAACUCAUCUGGAUAUUUGACUAGUUUUGCAACAGGAUACAUAAAAAGCACUAGCGAAGUCAGUACAAACUAACAUUUCAUACAGACAAUGACUUGUUUAUAUUGCUCUGUAUAUUACACACUGAAAUGCUUUCUGGCUCAUAUGCUGGAGGAAUCCUUGCUGCGGGGGUGUUUUCAUUUUCUCGUCUAACAUGGCAGUGGUCCAUCACAGCAGAGGUUUUUAGCUUAAACAAUCUGUUUGUGGGGCUGCUGAUGAUGCUUACUGUACAUUUUGAGGAGGCAGCCACUGCGAAGGAGAGAUCAAAGAUAUCGAAAGUUGGUGCCUUUUGCUGUGGGCUUAGUUUGUGCAAUCAGCACACCAUAGUGCUUUAUGUGUUGUGCAUUGUACUAUGGGUUCUGUUCCAACUUUUCAAAGGGAAGGAAUUGUCCUUUGGCCAUUUGAUGAAAUUGGGCUUAUGCUUCUUGGCUGGUUUGCUGCCUUAUCUCUAUCUGCCUGCAUCGUCCUACCUAAAUCAAGCACGUUGGACCUGGGGAGACCAGACGACUUUUCAAGGAUUUUUGACCCACUUUCUCAGGGAAGAAUAUGGGACAUUCAGUCUGGCCAAAUCAGAGACAGGAUCCACUAUGAGAGAGAUGUUGCUUUCGCAGGUAACACACAUGAAAACAGAACUUUCCUUUACUGUCCCAGCCCUUGCGAUUGUGGCGUGGCUACGUACAGGAAUGCAGGCUAAGCAGGAGAAGUCUUCAAUGAUAUGCCUAUUUACUGGAAUGCUCUGCAUUUAUUCGUUAUUCUUUGCUUGGAGGGCAAAUUUGGAUAUUACAAAACCACUUUUUAUGGGUGUGGUGGAACGAUUUUGGAUGCAGAGCAAUGCAGUGAUUGCUGUUCUAGCGGGACUAGGACUGGCCUCUCUUGUCUCCGUCGGAAAUACAGGGCUUGAGAACAACCGUGUGCUGCAGUGCGUGGAGUGGCUUUCCGCCGCUGCUCUUGUUACUAGUCAAAUUUAUGCCAAUUACAGCAUUUGUGACCAAAGCCGCAAUUACGUUGUCGAUAAAUUUGCAAGGAACCUUUUGUCCUCCAUGCCACCUGAUGCAAUAAUCUUGCUCAGAGGAGACCUACCAGGGAAUUCUCUUCGUUACCUUCAUUAUUGUGAGGGAAUGAGGCCUGAUGUCACAUUAGUGGAUCAGGAGAUGAUGACUUAUGAGUGGUAUUUACCAAAGAUGUCUAAGCAUUUGCCAGGCAUCUCUUUUCCUGGGAGGCGGUGGAAUCCUGUGGAAGGCAUAUUACCCGACGGAGCGCUCACGUUUAAUCUCCAUCAUUUUCUCAAAGUAAAUAAACAUAAGGAAGCAUUUGCCUGCAUAGGACUUAACGAAGGGGACUCAACUUGGAGAAGAAGCCAUUCACUUUGGCCAUGGGGUUCCUGUGACAAAUUGGUUUCUUCAGGAACGGUUUUUAACCCAGGAGAGUGGAUACAUCUUACAAGGAACAUCUAUAACUGGACUGAAGACUAUGGAAGGUUUGAUCCAUCUUCCUGGGAAGCUGUAGCAAAUGAAGAGAUGUGGCAAGCCAGGAUGAAAACAGCCUUCUUUAUUUUUGACCUUGCAGAAACUGCUAGCGUGUCUGCAGAUAUAAAAUCCCAACUUUAUACAUUUGCAUACAAUUUGUACAAGGAAAUCAUCAAUUCACACAAAAAACAUCCAGUCAAUUGGCAUAAAAACUAUGCAAUAGCUUGCGAAAGGAUGCUGCGUCUGCAUAAGGUGGAUGUGGACCCUGAAGUGUUGUUAUCUGAAACUGUUAAACAUUUCCUCCUCUAUACGGCGAAAGCAGAGGAUGAUCCCCAACGAGCCGAUAUUUUGCAGGCUGUAAAACACCUGAAGAAAGAGCUGCAGGGGCUGAGAAAAAUGAAAAAAGAUCUGAAGCAGCUGGCUGUAUAGAACCCGUUUGUGGACCUGCUUUCUGAAGUGUUAAAAUUCUGAAGUCGGGAGGUAAAAUUUAAUCUGUUAGUUAACAACAUGAGAAGGUUUUUUAAAUACGACAGACAUGAUAGCAGAAGGAAAUCAAGUGGCCUCCUGGAUGGAAAUGUAGCACUGUUCUUUCUUUUGGUUGUCGCCGGAUGAAGAGUUCUGGUAGCCAGCGCGCCCUUCACAUUGAUUUGUGUAGAAAAAAAUUUGUUACCAAAUUAAGCACUGUGUUUAAAAAAAAAAAAAAAGUGAGGAAAUCCAAAAUACUGUGCGUGCAGAUACGUCCAUUGAUUUUAUUUGAUAUGUAUAAUUACUUCAUAAAUAUAUGAAAUCCAUUUCCUACUAAAAGUUCUUUCUGUUGUCGAGUUUCAGCUGUGUAAAAUAUCUCUAUUUUGUUUAUCUUUGUGCACAGUAUUAUACACUUCCAUUAGAGAAAGAGUGCGUGUGGGUGUCUGGGAUAUAGGAUCAUUAUUCAUAGCGGGUGAAGCCAUGAUUGAGUUACACAAGUUAUCCAGAAAGAGUGCUGGUAAAACCUUUACACCUCACUACUCUCUCACACAUCCUGUAGAUGUCACAGAUGCUACAAAAAAUAGUUUUAGGAAUGUUUUAGAGCAUUUUAUCUGAACUAUUUUUCGUCUUUCCUAUGGAGCCAAGUGAGUUGGUUACCAUGAAUUGAACUGUGUCAGGCUCAAGGGACGAAUAAAAUUGUCUAAGAAUGACCUAAAAUAGCUGGUCUGUAUUUUAUUUUGUUACUGAUAUUUAUUCCUUUUUAUUUGGUCCUUCAAGGGCUAAAACUGAGUGCUGGGCCCCCACUGGCAAGGUAGGAAUUUUACCUUCCCAGUGAUUAUAACGUUCCCGUUUCUAGCCUUGCAGGCCCUUGAGAUAUUUUUAGAUUUAGAGAAGCUGUCGCUGGCCCACGACGGAAUCUUGGUGGAGGUAAUUUUUGGGGAGAAAGAGGAAACAUUUAUAUGGCAGGUUGAUAUUUUUUUCUUCUUCUUUUCAAUUACCACUGAUCAAAGCUACUUUGAGGUUUGGAACCUUAGAAGAAGUGGAGAUUGUAUAGUGAGCAGAGUGCAGGAGAAAUGGUCAAAGGUGCACCAUAUGUUUAUCACAUGGCUCUGCAAUUUAUUAUAUGGAUUUCCGCCCCAUAUAUAUAUAUCUGUCUGUGCAUAUGUGAUUCUGGACUGUUACUCCACUUACGAACUCUGAUAUUUCUCAGAUAUUCUUCAUGUGUUGGUCUGUGUUUUUAAAUGUAACAGAUUCAUUCCGUUCCAUAAAGGCUUAAAUGGACACUGAGUACUUAAAGAU